AUGGAUUCUACUCCCAGGGCCACGGGCUCAGGGCUGAAGGGUGUCGCGAGACGGUCCCUCGGCAUCGGUCUGCUUUUGAUUGUAGUGGUCCUAUGGACGGCGUCGAAUUUUCUAGCUAGUACAAUAUUUGCCGACAAUACCUACUCCAAACCAUUCUUUGUGACCUAUGUCAACACCUCGUUGUUUAUUCUUCCGUUGUUUACUAUAAUUUUUGGCCGAAUCUGGAGAUUAUGGCAGGCUGGGAAAUUCUCCCGAAUCCGUUCGUUUCAGAGUCUGAUGCACCAUCUUGAUUCGCACGAUCCCGACGCGGAGUCACAGAGCAUAUUACGCCACAGCGCUGGUCGCGACAGUGACGAUGAACUAGAGGACCCCGAGGGGUUGAAUACGGAUAGUUUUAUGCCAAAGGGGAGGUGUAAUGAAAGCUCUAAGCUGGGCUUAAGAGCGACGGCGAAGCUGAGCUUCGAGUUCUGCAUGUUAUGGUUUCUUGCCAAUUAUUUUGCCAUGGCCUGUUUGCAAUACACCACCGUAGGGAGUACCACCAUUCUAACUUCAACGAGUGGCGUGUGGACCCUUAUCUUCGGGGCCGUCAUCGGGGUCGAGAGAUUCACCGUCCGCAAACUCGUCGGCGUCGUCGCCUCCUUAGUGGGAAUCAUUCUGAUUUCCCGUGUCGACCUCUCUUCUCCCGAAACACCACCGGUAGACGAUGGCGGCAGCAGCAGCAUUUUUCCGACGAAAACCCCAGGCGAGAUUGCACUCGGCGAUGCCAUGGCGGGAUUCAGCGCCGUCAUGUACGGAGUAUACACCAUAGUGUUGAAAAAGCAAGUUGGCGAUGAAUCCCGAGUCAACAUGCAGUUAUUUUUUGGUCUUGUAGGCCUCUUCAACAUGUUCCUCCUUUGGCCUGGGUUUAUCAUCCUGCAUUUAACCGGGAUUGAGACAUUUGCGAUGCCCGAUACCGGGAGAGUAUGGGCCAUCAUUUGGACAAAUUCUUUCGCAUCUCUCGCAUCAGACAUCUGCUGGGCAUACGCUAUGCUCUUAACCACCCCCCUUGUCGUCACGGUCGGUCUCAGCUUAACCAUUCCACUGUCCUUGGUGGGUCAGAUCGUCCUCCAAGGACAAUAUGCCAGUGGUCUGUACUGGCUCGGUGCCACGAUUGUAUUUCUAUCAUUCCUGGUUGUCAACCAUGAAAGUCAGGGCGGGGCGGAUCCCGACGACCUGUCCGCGACUGAUUAUGAUGCUCUUCCGAAUGAGGAGACAGCUCGAUGA